AUGCGCAUGCGCACGCCCACUGCUGGCAGGCUGAUGGCCGUUGUCCAACAGCUCCUCCUGGCGUCGGUUAAGGCUGUGCCCUCUGGAAGACGAGCUCUCGCUGCAAUAGGGAGGGCGGAGCCCCAAAGGCCAGCCUGGCUUGGGCGCGGGAGGCCUCUCCUGGCAGCCUCUAGAAUCAAACACAGGAACUGUGAGGUAUUUGAGCAUAGAAAGGAACGAAGGGGAAGGGGAAGAAGCAGGAGCAGCAAGAGAAACGGCGCUUUGAAAGCUUGCAGAGAUUGCCUGGAAACACUGGAAGAGGUCUGGGACCUGACUUCACUUCUGCAAAG